AUGAAGCUGUGUGUGUCUACUCUCUCUCUUCUGCUGGUCAUGGCUGCCUUCUGGGCUCCAGUGCUCUCAGCACCAAUAGACUCUGACGGUCCAAUUUCCUGCUGCUUUUCUUAUGCUGCUUGGAAGCUUCCUCGAAACUUUGUGACAGAUUACUAUGAGACCAGCAGCCUUUGCUCCAAGCCAGCUGUGGUGUGA